AUGAGAAGAUUCUCGCUCAGCCGCGCCAGCGGCGGCUUCCAACUAGGGACCACUGUCCCCCGCCCCCCGAGAUGCCGCCGGGGGGCUCAUGCAACCUCCUACGCUUCGCUGCUCCGGCGGUGCGCCGCCGAGAAGUCUCUGGAGGGAACGGGAGCCGUCCACGCCCACAUGUGCCGGACGGGCUUCCCCUACCUCGGCCUGGGCAACAAGCUCCUGGACGCCUAUCUCAAGUCCGGGUCCCUCCACCACGCACAAAAGAUGUUCGACGAAAUGCCCGCCAGGCACAUCGUCUCCUGGAACGCCAUGGUGUCCUCCUACGUUCGCCGGGGGAGGAACCCGGAGGCCAUCGCCCUGUACCGGCGGAUGCCUCUGGAGGGCGUCUCGCCGGACGGUUUCACCUUCUCGAGCGUCUUGAAGGCCUUGGCCGAGGUGGGCUCGCUCAGGGGUGGCCAGGAAGCUCAUGGCCACCUGGUGGUCUCCGGCUUCGGCGCCGGCAAUCACCUCUUCAUCUCUACCGCGCUGGUCAACAUGUACGCCAAGUUUCGGAGGCUGGGGGAGGCUCGGCUGGUCUACGAUCGUGCAGCCGAGAAAGACGUCGUCUUGGCGACGGCGUUGAUCGUAGGCUGCACGCAGAUAGGGGAGGACGCGGAAGCCGUCCGUGGGUUCGCCGACAUGGUCAACGGCCGUAUCGGGGCGAACGAGUUCACCUUCGCCAGUGUUCUCAUCGCGUGCGGAAAUCUCGGGGAGCUAGCGGUCGGCGCGACGAUCCACAGCCUCAUCGUCAAGUCGGGAUUCGAUGAUCGUGAGAGUUCUUCCCAGACGUCCCUUCUCGUCAUGUACUCGAGAUGCUCGCUAAUCGACGACGCUCUGAAAGUCUACUCUGAGAUCGCCACCCCCAACCUCGUCGCAAGAACAGCGAUCAUGGGGGUAUUGCUGUCGGGCCACCGGGAAGAGGAAGCCCUCUCCGCGUUCCGCACCGCGCUGCGCGACUCUAUGCGCCCAAAUGGGUUCAUUCUCUCCACCGCCCUGCGAGCGUGCUCGAGCUUGGCGCUGCCCGAUACCGGGAAGCAGGUCCACUCGCUCGCCGUCAAGAGCGACUUGAACAGGGACAGAUUCGUGGGCGCCGCCCUCGUCGAUCUCUACGGGAAAUGCGGCGACGUGAAGACGGCGAGGUCCGUCUUCGACGGCCUGGCGAACCGCGACCUGGUCUCCGUCAACUCCAUGAUCGCCGCCUACGCCGCCAAUGGCCGCGGCGGCGAAGCAGUGAGCCUGUUCAACGAGGCGACGACUUCGGGCCUGCCGCCGAGCGACGCGACUUACACCAGCGCUCUCUCCGCGUGCAGCGGCGCUGGCCUCCUAGAGGAAGGCCGCCGCAUCUUCGCCUCCAUCGGCCGAGACCGCGAUAAGGGCCCGACCAGAGACCACGUCUCCUGCUACGUGGACCUGCUGGCUCGCGGGGGAAGACUCGUAGAAGCCGAGCGGCUGAUAGCCACUUCCCAGGUCGAGAACCCAGACGCCGUCCUCUGGAGGACGCUACUCGGCGCCUGCAAGCUCCACGGGGAGGUGGAGAUGGCGGAGAGGACGGCGAAGCGCAUACUCGAGCUCAGCCCGGGAGACGACGGGACGCUCGUUCUCCUCCUGAACGUCUACGCGUCCGCAGGGCGAUGGGAGGAGGUGGCGAAGAUGAAGAGGGCGGCCAGGGAGAUGCGGCUGAGGAAAGAACCCGCGGUGAGCUGGGUCGAGGUCGACAAGCGGGUGCACACCUUCACCGCCGGGGACCUGUCACACCCGCGAGCGGCGGAGAUCUACGAGACCUUGGAGGUGUUGAUGGAGAAGACGAAAGUGUUGGGCUACGUGCCGGACACGAGGUUCGUCCUGCAGGCUUUCGAGAGUGAGUCGGAGAGGGAGAGGUCCCUCUACUACCACAGCGAGAAGCUGGCCAUCGCCUUUGCGGUGCUGAGCGGCGGCGAAGGCGGCGCCCCGAUCAUGAUCCUGAAGAACCUCAGAGUCUGCGGGGACUGCCACGCUUGGAUCAAGCUGGCGUCCAAGGUGCUCGGCAGGGGGGUAGCAGCCAGAGACGCAAAGAGGUUUCACCACUUCAGGGACGGGAUGUGCUCCUGUGGCGACUACUGGUGA